AUGGAUCCAAGACAGUCCCAGGCACCAAAACUCAACUUCCAAUACAAGGAUCAGGACCAGUUACAUACAGUGUUUCCCACAACACCUGCACAAGUUUCUUCUGUGCUAGAUCUUUACGAAUUUAUCUGUUCAGCUUCUCUCAAAAAACCUCAAAAAGCAAGGUUUUAUCACUAUUAUAUACCAGUGUUUUUGUGGUGUGAAGACAAGAUUUCAAAGUAUAUGUCCCAGUUUAAAGAUGGAGAAGAUAUACCUCCUUUAGUGAUUGGUUUUAGUGCACCACAAGCAAUUGUUAUUUGUGAAACUAUAAUUGUUAAAAAUGUUGUGAGUAUAUCUUCUCCUCUCAUUGCUGAUACAAAUUUAGAUCAAUUGCAGGCUAAACUGAGAGAAGAAAAUCCAGGAAAUGCGCUUUUAGAUGUGUCUGCAUACAGUGGGAGGGGUGACAGAGCUGAUCCUUCAAUGUGGCCAGAGGUUGAAGGUCCAUUGACACUGGAGACUGUGAAUAAGAAUCUUGAAGCCUAUUAUGAUGCAUGGGACAAGUUUAUAAAUGCAUGGAUAGUCAUCAAGAUUCAGGAUUCCAGUUGUGUCUACCAGUGGCAUUUACAGGUUAAAGAUUUUGUUUCCCGUUACUUGCCAGCACACAGGGCUUACCUUCCCACCCUUUAUGCCGAGCGGCCAAGUGGGUCAGAUCCAGAGAACGUUCUCCUCUUCGAAAUUGACGAAGGGAGGAAUCCCAUUCUUGGUGAUUAG